GCCUGGAGAUGUGGACCCAAAAACUGUCAAAACCCCGCUAUCACUCCAACUGCCAUUUCACGACGGUACGCACCGACGCCCCACAGCCACAGCCACAGGCCCGCACCAUUUCUCCCAAAUCGUAAAGCCGUGCGCAGCUCCUCUGCCGACAAUCUUGACGACUCUUUCCGCCACGGAUCGCGUAUCCGUGACGAUAACAUCAAGAGAGAGAGAGAGAAAUUCCUUCCCUCUUGAUCGUUGCCUUCAAAAAGCCAAGCCCACCUCAAUGGGCGUAAUCGCCUUCCUCUCUUCUCCUCUUCAAUUGCUGCUAUUACUGCAGUUUCGUCAGAUUCCUAUUACUUUCUCUGACUGAACCUCGGCAUUGCAUUGCCAUGGGUGCCGAGAUUCCUGGAAUUCUUAAGCUCAAAUGCUCAGUGAAGAGGUAUGAGUGGGGUAAGAUUGGGAAAGAUUCGCGUGUGGCGCGACUAUACGCUAACAACAGUGGGGAGGAGAUCAGGGGUGAUGAGCCCUAUGCGGAGUUCUGGAUGGGGACUCAUGAGUCAGGGCCCUCGUACGCCGUUGUGCUGGUGGAAGAGAAUGGUGGAUUGUCCAACGGUGGGUUGCAGAGGGAGAAUGGUCGUAAGCGUAAUUACUGUGAUUUAAUGAGUUUGAAGGAUUGGAUUCGGCGAAACCCUCAUGUGCUUGGCGAUAAGGUGUUGCAGAAGUGGGGUCCGGAUCUCCCUUUUCUUUUCAAGGUGCUUUCAGUAGCAAAGGUACUGUCUAUACAAGCUCAUCCAGAUAAGGAUUUGGCAGCUAUCCUACACAAAAGAUUGCCAGGAGUGUAUAAGGAUGAUAAUCAUAAGCCUGAGAUGGCUUUGGCGCUAACUGAGUUCGAGGCACUGUGUGGAUUUGUUGGUCUUGAGGAGUUUAAGAGUGUAGUUCGAAAUGUUCCCGAGAUCAUUGAAGUGGUUGGCACUGCAUCUGCACAUCAAGCAUUAAAUAUAAGUGAAGAUGAUGGAGAGAAGAAACUGAAGGAGGUCUUGCACUCCCUAUUUACUAAACUCAUGUCCACGAGCAAAGCCAUAAUAUCUGAUGUAGUCUUGAAGCUGAUAAGUCGACUGAACAUUACACGCAAGGUAAGGCAGCUGACAGACAAAGAGGAGCUGGUUUUGCGGCUCGAAAAGCAAUUUCCAGGAGACGUUGGUGUCAUAGCUGCCUUUUUGUUGAAUUAUGUGAAACUUAGUGCCGGUGAAGCUCUAUAUGUGGCAGCAAAUGAACCUCAUGCAUAUAUACAUGGUGAAUGUGUCGAGUGCAUGGCAACAUCGGACAAUGUUGUACGAGCAGGCCUUACUCCCAAGACCCUGGAUGUCCAAACUCUGUGUUCUAUGCUCACAUACAAGCAGGGUUUUCCAGAAAUUCUUCAUGGUGUUCCUUCAAAUCCUUAUACUGUUAAAUAUAUGCCUCCUUUUGAUGAAUUUGAGGUCGAUCGAUGUAUUCUUCCUCAAGAAAAGUCGACUAUCUUUCCUGCAGUUCCUGGUCCGUCUGUUUUUGUGGUCAUAGCAGGAGAAGCAGUAAUGCGCUUGCCAUUUUCUGAGGAGUUAGUUACUGAAGGUGACGUGAUUUUUACACCUGCAAACACUGAGAUUACCGUAGAAACUACUUCAGGGUUGAACUUAUAUAGAGCAGGGGUUAACAGCAAGUUUUUCGAGUGAUUGAAAACUUCCACUUUAUGUAGUGAAGCCCAUUUCGUGUACUAUUAGCAUCUAUAUGUACAUUCACGAGUAGUUAUGAUACACAGAUUGCCGAUCGCGUAUAGAAAUAUGACAAAUAACGGAGUUCAUAUAAUCUUUGGUGUAGUGUAGUUCUGAAUAUCUGGUCUCCAUUGGAUAGCAGUUGCAGGAAUACAGUCAAUUUUGUUUUGAA